CUGAGGGGCGGCGGUGGCGGCGCGGGGGGGUGGCCAUGGUGUCGCCGGCGGCGCGGCUGGUGGGUCAGGGCGUGUGGGCGGCGCUGACCGGGGGUUGGUACCACGACCCGGAGCAGGGAGCCUUCACCAACAGCUGCCACCUCUAUCUGUGGCUGUUCCUGCUGAUGCUGCCCAUGGCCCUGCACCUGGCUUUUCCAGCAAAUUCAGUCACAGUUUUUGUGUACUGCAGCUCGGUGACAGUGUUCUUCACAGUAAUAAAGGUGAUCAGUUACCGCCUGCACCUUAUGUUUGAUAAAGGUGAAGCAAUUCAACAAAAGAUCCCAAGAAAAAAUGGAAGGCAGUGUAAAGAUACAGAAGUCCCAAAAGGAAACACAGUUCAGCCCUCAAAUUAUAGCAAUAACACGGAAGAUAAUGAUGUCAUUGGUGAGACCAACCAAAAUGACUCUACCCAAACAAUUCACGACAGUUCAAGGGUAGAGGCUUUGCACUCACAGAACUCACCUGAAGUGAUGGAGCUGUCAACACGGGAAACAAUUGAGGAUCUCAGAGGUGUUAUGGUGUUAGAAGACCAGGCUGCACCACCAGUUUCAUCUACCUCACCCUGUAUCAAAGCAGAUAUAUUACCUGUUUCUACAGCCUGUGCUUCAGGUACCACCACAUCAGCAAUAGUGACAAAACCAGCUGCUAUGGAAACACUUUCUGGUAAUGGAAUAAAUGAAAAAGGAGGGAACACACAGCCAUAUGGACAGCAUUGGUCCCAAGAUAUUCUUGUGGACAGAGAUGUAGCUAAAAACUUCUCCAAUAUUUCUUCAUCACAAGGUGAUAUUUUAAAGACUGGAGUUUCCUCAGAGCCAUGGGACAGUGAAAAUUCAGUUAUUUCGGACCGUUUGAGUAAUCCUAAAAGUUACAAAAGGGAGAAAUUACAAGAUGGAUCACCACAGACAGGCUUUAGCAGUAACUUCCCACAGUGCAAUGACAUUGCAACCAAAGAGCCUGAGCACAUGGAAAGUUCUUGCAAUGCCAGUAAUACUUACGAGGACCUUGACUGUUCAGACAGUGAGACUGCUGUUGCAGUUGUGGACAAUUCUCUUCCCGGAGACCAGCUACGUGAGCCCAUUAAAAUUGUCAUCACAAUGAGUACUACGGCAAACACUACCCUCAGUGAUCUAGCAGAAUCUGUCCAACUAAAGGCUCUGGGAACUGAGAGAACGAGCUCAGCCCUUGAGUCUGGUAUAGUUACAUCAGGUUGGCCAAGUCAGCAGAUUAAUGAACAGCUCAGAAUCCCUGUUAUCACUUUUGACUUGUCUGAUGACAGUAAAGGUAAGGCUUGCCCAGAAGUUAGUGAAGGUGAAAGGACUCCAGACAUGUUAAGGGCAGAGCUGUCGUCUAACCAAUGCUCUGGCUAUGAAUCGGGUGAUGCCGUAAAGGAGCUCAGCAACCUGGCAAAUACUCCUUUAGAAACUAACACUUGUUCAGAUCCAAAUCAGGAGAAUGCUUCUGAAAAUGUCCAGGCUGUGGAUUUAGCUUCUAAGGAAGAUCUGCAGAACCUAGACACACAGUCCUGUAGAACUGCUCAUGAAAAGAGGCACAUGCGGGUACUAAGCGUAGACAGCGGGACAGAUGUGCUUUUAAGUAAGAAUUUCAUGGAGGUGUCUGACAAAGAAAAGACCUUACCGACUUCUAAAUCGGAUCUAGAAGCUAAAGAAGGACAGGUACCCAAUGAGUCUAACUUUCUAGAGUUUGUCUCCCUCCUGGAAUCCAUUAAUACCUCAAAGAUGAAGGCAUCUAAUCAAUCCAUUGUGAAAAUGGAGACGACAAAGGAAAAUGGACUUGUUGGAGAUAGCCAGACGAUGGAGAGAAAAGAAGAAAUGGUGGGAACAGAAAAGCACUGUGAGCAACUUCCUAAACAGGAAAGAUCAGAUGUACAAAGCCAAGAUCGUGCUAGUACUAGUCCGGUGCUACCAGAGUCUGCCAAAUUUGCAGCACUUUACCAGGGCAACAGGCAAAGGCAGAUAAUCUACCGGGUAACUUCUCAGCAAGAUAGUUCUGUCUUGCAAGUAAUAAGUGGACCUGAGGCGUCUGUGCAAGAUGAGCUAUCUGUGGAUGCAAUGCACGUGUUCAUAGAUGAAAAUGGGGAAAUUAGAUCCUGUUAUGUAAAGGCCGGCUGUCAGAAGGAAGGAAAUUUCCGACAUCAGCUAUCAAAUUGUGAUUGUAUUUCAAAUGCUCAUGAAAUACAGUUCAGCUCCUCUAGUACCACUACUUCAGAGAGCCAAGAACCAUCUUCUGGGGAUCAAGCCGCGAGUGCUCUUCAGCAGCAGCUCCUACUGAUGGUGGCACGAAGGACCCUUUCAGAAAGCCCACGGCAACCCAGUCAGGACCCUGAGGAUUCUUCAUGUUCUUCAGCACAGCGGAAACUGAACAGGCAGUUUUACAGAUUUAUUAUAUUCCCAGGCAAAUGGAUUAAAGUCUGGUAUGAUCGUCUUGCCUUGUUGGCACUGUUGGACAGGACAGAAGACAUAAAGGAGAAUGUAUUUGCUGUCCUUCUAGUAGUUCUUGUUUCACUUCUUGGAUUCCUGACUCUGAAUCAAGGCUUCUGUAAAGACAUUUGGGUUUUGUUGUUCUGUCUUGUGAUGGCCAGCUGCCAGUAUUCUCUCCUAAAGAGUGUUCAGCCUGAUCCUGCUUCACCAAUACACGGGCACAAUAAAAUCAUAACCUACAGCAGACCUGUAUAUUUUUGUAUAUUGUGUGGCCUUAUUUUGCUGCUAGAUGCUGGAUCUAAAGACACAAAUCCUCCAGUUUAUACAAUGUAUGGCUUGAAGCUCUUUUCGCCUAGAUCUCUCCAGUCAGCCAGAGACCAUGUAAUAGUGUUUUUAUAUUGCUUUCCUGCAAUUUCUCUUCUUGGUCUUUUCCCUCAAAUCAACACCUUCUGUAUAUAUCUUUUGGAGCAGAUAGACAUGUUGCUUUUUGGUGGUUCUGCUGCUGCUGGGUUUGUAUCUGCACUAUACAGCAUUUCCCGAAGCUUUGUGGUUCUGAUUGUCCUAUAUGCUUUCUGCUUCAGUGCAGUGAAGGAACCCUGGGAUGCACAGCACAUUCCAGCACUGUUUUCUGCUUUUUGUGGUUUGCUAGUUGCACUUUCUUAUCACCUCAGCAGACAAAGCAGUGACCCAUCUGUACUGAUGUCCCUUAUUCAAUGCAAAUAUGUCCCUCACUUUCUACGUCAACAAUUUGACGAUUCGUCAGCAGAUCCACUCCCGGAAAAGAUGAGAGAAUCAGUGAAAGAAAUCUUGAAAUCGGAUCUCAUUGUCUGCACAGCGGCUGCUGUUCUGUCAUUUGCUGUCAGUGCCAGUACUAUGUUUCUAUCAUUAAGGCCAUUUCUCAGCAUUGUCCUGUUUGCUUUAGCAUGGACUGUGGGAUUUGUAACACAUUACAUACUUCCUCAGCUUCGCAAGCAUCACCCUUGGCUGUGGAUAUCCCACCCCAUACUUAAAAGCAAAGAGCACCAGCAACGGGAAGUGAGAGAUGCUGCUCAUUUGAUGUGGUUUGAAAGGCUCUAUGUGUGGCUUCAGUGCUUUGAGAAAUAUGUUUUAUAUCCAGCUAUAAUACUGAAUGCCCUCACCAUUGAUGCUUUCUCAAUUAGUAAAUACAAGAAGCUUGGUACACACUGUGAUAUUAUACUGAUAACAGUUGCUGGGAUGAAACUCCUACGCUCGUCAUUCUGUAAUCCUAUUAAUCAGUUUGUUACUUUGAGCUUUACUGUAAUCUUCUUCCAGUUUGACUACAGAGAUAUUUCAGAAAAUUUCUUGCUGGAUUUCUUCAUGAUGUCUAUCAUUUUUCAUAAGCUGUGGGACCUCCUGCAGAAGUUGCAGUUCAUCAUGACAUACAUUGCUCCCUGGCAGAUUGCCUGGGGAUCAUCGUUCCAUGUUUUUGCUCAACUCUUCGCAAUACCUCACUCUGCUAUGCUUUUUUUUCAAACUCUGGCCACUUCCGUCUUUUCUACACCACUGAGUCCAUUUCUUGGUAGUGUCAUCUUUGUUGCAUCGUAUGCAAGACCGAUCAAGUUCUGGGAGAAGAACUACAACACCAAAAGAUCGGACCAUUCCAACACCAGACUGGCAAUUCAGAUCGAAAAGGACGCAGGAAAUGAUGACAAUAAUCUCAACUCCAUUUUUUAUGAGCAUUUGACAAGAUCUCUGCAGGAGUCUCUUUGUGGAGAUUUGAUUCUGGGCCGCUGGGGAAACUACAACGCAGGAGACUGUUUUAUUCUGGCAUCAGAUUAUUUAAAUGCCUUUGUGCACUUGAUCGAAAUUGGAAAUGGCCUUGUCACCUUUCAGCUCAGAGGGCUGGAAUUUCGAGGAACAUAUUGCCAGCAGAGAGAAGUGGAAGCUAUAACAGAAGGAGAUGAAGACAAUGAAGGCUGCUGCUGUUGUAAGCCUGGGCACUUGCCUCACUUGUUAUCAUGUAAUGCAGCCUUUAACCUCCGAUGGCUGACCUGGGAAAUAACACGGACCCAGUACAUCCUGGAAGGAUACAGCAUCAUUGAUAACAAUGCUGCAACAAUGCUGCAAGUGUUUGAUCUGCGGAGAAUACUUAUCAGAUACUAUAUAAAGAGUAUAAUAUACUUUACAGCAAGUUCUCCCAAAAUCCUUGACUGGAUAAAAGAUGAAUCCAUCCAAAAGAUCCUGCAGCCUUAUGCGAAGUGGCAUUAUAUUGAACGUGACCUUGCAAUGUUUAACAUUAACAUAGAUGAAGAUUAUGUUCCCUGUCUCCAAGGAAUAACAAGAGCUAGCUUCUGCAGUGUUUAUCUGGACUGGAUUCAGUUCUGUGCUAGAAAAAGGGUGGAGCACCUGGACAGCGAUGAGGAUUCUCCUCUAGUGACACUGUCCUUUGCUUUGUGUAUACUGGGUCGAAGAGCUUUGGGAACUGCAGCUCAUAAUAUGGCCAUCAGCUUGGACUCUUUUCUUUAUGGGCUUCAUGCACUGUUCAAAGGAGACUUUCGGAUAGCAGCAAAAGAUGAGUGGGUCUUUGCAGACAUGGAUCUAUUGCAUAAGGUUGUUGCCCCAGCGAUACGAAUGUCUCUGAAACUACACCAGGACCAGUUCACCUGCCCAGAUGAGUAUGAGGACCCAGCAGUUUUGUAUGAAGCCAUCCAGUCUUUUGAAGAAAAGGUGGUGAUCUGUCACGAAGGGGACCCAGCUUGGCGCAGCGCUGUGCUCUCCAACAGAGAGGAGCUUCUAACCCUGAGACAUGUGGUAGAUGAAGGAGCAGAUGAAUAUAAAGUUAUCAUGCUCCACAAAAGCUACUUGAGCUUCAAGGUUAUCAAGGUCAACAAGGAGUGUGUCAGAGGGCUUUGGGCUGGGCAGCAGCAGGAACUGAUUUUCUUACGCAAUCGUAAUCCGGAGAGAGGAAGCAUCCAGAACAAUAAACAGGUCUUGCGGAACUUAAUUAAUUCUUCAUGUGAUCAGCCACUGGGAUAUCCAAUGUAUGUUUCCCCUUUAACCACCUCGUACCUUGGGACACACAGCCAGCUGAGGAACAUCUGGGGAGGACCUGUCAGUUUGGACAACAUUAAAAAGUGGUUCAGAUCCAAAUGGUUAAGAAUGCGGAAGGACUGCCAUGCGGCUCACCACGAGAGAGGUAACGUCGAAGAGGCAGAUAGUGGAGGGGGGUCUUCAUCUAGCAGCCAUUCCACAGGCAAUUCAAGCCAGAGCAGUAGCUCACAGCCCACCAGAGAUGGAACCCCUCAGUUGCAAGCUUCAUCUCACGACGUCCACCAGCGUGCAGGCAGGAGAAAUCCCAGGAGUCAGUCCAUCCAGGCACACGCUGCUUUAAACCAAAGGCCCCCUUCAAGUCACUCUGGACCAAUUGCAGAAAGCCGACAGCCUUUCAUUCAAGCAUCUACAUCUGCUCAUGAAAUUGCCCAAAGGCUUUCUAGUAGUCAGCUGUCAUUCCACAACUCGGCAACUUCUGUGUUUUCCCAGUCCCCUGCUGUUCCAGUUGCAGACCAGCUGACUGUGCAGGACCGAGCUGCAGCGAUGCUCAGGUCCAGUCUGGCCUCUUCCACCAGCUCAACUCUCAGCCUGCUCUUCGGCAAGAGAAGUUUUUCAAGUGCUUUGGUGAUUUCUGGGCUCUCAGCUGCAGACGGAGGUAACACCAGUGACACCCAGUCAUCCAGCAGUAUGAAUAUUGCCAUGGGCCCAUCUGCUAGAGCAGCAAGUCAAGCAGCUCGGCAACCCGCUGAGACCUGCGAAGGAACGGAUGCUACGGAACCCAGACCCCGGCGAGAGGCAGGUGCGGCCCAUGCCAUAUUCAUGAGUCAGAACCUGGAGUGCAGAAGGGCCAGCCAAGAAGAUAUGGCUCUGGAAGACACCGCUUCUCAGCAAAGCUUGUCUGAGGAGCAGUAAGGAGUAUUCCUAGCGCAAGAGCCACACGCUGCUUAGAAUUAAACAAAGACAGAGUUAGGACAGGUUUAGCUUCUUUCAAAAGUAACAAGCAACCUCUAAAUGUUUAUUUUUUUAACUUCUACACAAGAAUACUACUGGGCAGAUGUUCUUCAGCUAAAGGCUUUGGCAUUGGUAAGGUUGGAAGAUGUCCUGAAAAACACAUAGUGCCACUUCAUCUCAGGUUCUUGUAAAUCCUAGAACAAUGAAUACAAUACUGUUUAACGUUGCUGGAAUCAUGAAUGAGUACAGUAGGAAAUACUAAUACAACUCAGUGAAAAGCACACAAGGUAUCUCUUUCCUGCCACAAUUAAACAGCUGAUUGCAUGCAAAAUAAUUGGCAUUUGAUAUAUAACAAAUAGCAAAAGGCAACUUUGAACAGAAGCAAUGAACGUAUAAAGUGACAGUACAACAUGUACUGUAACAUUAGAGCUAAAUCUGAUUUUUUGGUUUCCAACAGCAAAUCUCUUUUUCAUUUUUCUUUACCAUGUUAUGCAGGUGGUAACUCUGAAUAGCAACAUAGCCUCACAGAUUGAUAUACUGCAUGCAGCCACAUUGAAAUAGUGUGUGAACCAGCCAUGCCACACAGAUUAACAGAAGUCAAGUGUGAGAAAAGGAAGUAUCCAGUGCAUGGAAAGCCUUCAAAGCAUAUGGUGUGUAUCUUACUUGCAAAGAAAGCAGCUUUGCAUAAACAGCUGCUCUUAGGCAUUAUCUUGUGCUCCUGUUUGGUUUACACCAGUGUUUCUCAAAACUCUAGGCAACAGCCCCCUUGGGAGUUGCAAAAGGGCCCAGGGGAAUCUUCCUCAAGGACAGCAAAGUGCAAAGCAGGCUGUAAUCUAUUGUCUGGAAGUGUUUGUAUUAGGAAGGGAACAGCUAAAUGCCUUUAAUUGCUGGACACAGCUCAGUGUCCAUAAACACUUGUAGCCAGUAAUUACAGAGCAUUCUGAUUUCUCUCCCCCCUGAGAAACUGAGCUGCUGCCAAUUUAAUAGUUGCAUAAAGACAGAUGAGGCAAAAAGGGAGGCCACGUUUUCCCAAAGUUUGAGAAACACUGAUUUACAGGAAUGCAUGACUACUUUGGAAGCCAAAAGGCUACAAUAAAUCCUCCCUCUACUAUAGUGUCUAAAUACACACACGCGUGUUCUCAUUUUUUUUCAUUAAAAAAAAUGCAGCUAUCAGUAUCUUGCUGUUCCUCUUUACUGUAACUACCAUAGAUUGUUUCUAAUUCUCAACACAAUGAUGUGCAGCCAGGCUGUCUUGUCCCAAUUAACAAGAAAGAUUUAACAAGAGAUACUGUAAGCUAAGUCUCAUUACUGUUAGGUGAUACACAGUUGCAUUCUGAGCUUCCUACUGUGCCACACUUAAGAUUAUAAAUAGUAGAACUAAAUAACACCUAGUGAAAAUAAAAUGAUCCAAGUAUGUUUUGUGUGGCAGCAGUUUUUGGGGUUUUGUUUUUAUUUUGAAUUGUAUUUACCUGCUUUCUGCCUUAUGAAGUUGAGAAAUCUAUUGUUUUCACUUCAGAUCUUGAUGAAUUCAUUAUUUAUAAAGCUCCGCACGAUCUAGGCAAAAGUCUGCUCUCAUGUUUCAAGGGCAAAAGCAGAGUAUUUAUGUACAGCCCCCUGAGAUACAUGGUCAUCAGUACAGUUUAGGGCUUACUAAUGCCUCUCCCAGCAUCCAGGUGUGAUGUGAAAGAGGAAAUUGAAUUCAGCUGCUCCCUUCUGACCAUUUCUGGCAGAUCGUACUUCUCCUCCCACCACCUUGCUCAUGAAGUGCUUUGUUACAAAUGAAGGAUGGAGGUUAUACAGGUAGGUGUAAGGCUCUCACCAACAGCAAUCAGCCCCAUUUCUGCCUUGGGGUCUUUUGCAUGGCACCCUACUAAGAUAAACCAUCACUGCUUUGUUUCCUUGCAUGGGGGCAGGGCAAACAGGCUGCGCAAAACUCACUCAUAUAUCCACUUUGCCUCACUCAGGCCUCCAAUUUUCACAUCUUUAGCUUAAGUUGGAAUUCAUUUCCAUCAAAAAUAAGUAACUCCAGUAGUCCAAAUCAACCUAAAUUAUUCUAUAUAUCCCACUCAAGCAUACUAAACCAGAGUAAGAAACAGUGGCACAAAUCCUUCCAGCGACAAGCCGCUUUACCUGCUUAGUACAGACUGAGGCCCAACACCACUACCUUUCCCCACAUCUUUCUCCACAUCUUCUGUAAGACUCCACUGUCUCCGUGCCCAGGUACUGCACCCCAAGAUAAUGCAGCUGCCUCACAGUUCGUGACUUAGCCCAAGCCACCAUUCCUUGGUGCGUAACUCCUUCGGGACAGCAGCAUGCCACAAAGCCCAACCUCCUGCUGCACAGGGUGGCUUCCUAACUCCGUUAUUGAGGCAUAGCAGACAAGCAGGGUCAGAGCAGGAGUCAAGGUAAGGUUAAAAAUGAGCUCCUUCUCAUAGCCAUGUCUUACACAGUUUUUAUUUUGCCUUAAAAGUUGUUACUGUAGCAUAGUGGGUUGUUAAAAAAAAAAAACAACCCAGAGUGACCAUUAACAAAGACAAAACUAAUAAAGAUGACAGCACAACUCUCCCAAAUGACAUUUCUCCAUAUUUGUGGAUAGUCUGCUGUUAUUAAUCAGGCUACUGCUAUAUGCAGUGUUUUUAAAUAUGGGCCAAUCCUACAGAAUAAUCGGACAUGCUGGUUAGAAAUAGUACCAGGAUCUAGGUAUGAGACUGUAUUGAUUAAACACAUCUUAGACCUCUCUCUAUGUUUGCAUGAGGCAGAGACAGACCCAAUUACUCUGUACAUGACAAAAGAUGCAUUUAAGGCUCUGAUGCACACAAAGUGAAUGAAUAGGUACCCAACCCUUAAACAAAGCCUAACUUCAACCAUAAGCUGCUUGGAACAGCUCUGCAUAGCACUAAAAGGUGCCAAAGUCCAUAGGAAUGCUAUUAUCAGCACCAGUGCCUACAGAUACACAAAAGCUUUAGGCCAUACUUUUAUUCCUGAAAGACCUAAGCAGUUUGAUACUUAAUUCACACAUGAGGUUCUUCAGAGUUGCAAGAUGGUAGGUACCUAUGACAUCUCAGGGAUCCUGCCUGUUGGGCACUUUUAGGCUCUGAGUGAAAAGCAAAGGCAACUUUCACGGCUUUUAAAUCAGCCACAGCACUGAUUAUAGGUUUCACAAUGCAUAACGCUGUUAAAACUUGGCCCUGAAGCUGCUCAGACUGAACAGUGCCUACAUGUCUGCUCUCUUACCACAUCUGUGAUGCAGAAAGGAUGGCUGCCACCAACACGUACACACACCUUUUAUAUGCAGUUCCAUUUUGUGCCAGUUUUGAAAGUUCAGGUGCUGUGCUUGAAUUUUUCCAGAGCUCCAGAAGCCAUUUACUCAGCAGGGGCUGAAGGCAGAAGCCUGACUGAUGCUUAUUUAGCCAUCCCAGAACCUUCUUGUUCCUACAGCCCGAAAGCAGUGAUACUCCCCAUCUCACUAGCAAGCUGAAUGCAUCCUUUGAGUAAAUCAAGUACUUAAUCCACGGGAGUAUUUGGUACAUGCAGUUCUUUCACAGAAAUGUCAGAAGCGAUGAAAAGAUGGAGGCAUUCACGGAGCUUAACCCCAGAUAACAUCACCACUGCUGAAAAGAAACAUAGGGAGUGAUUUUAUCCAUACUGGCUCAGUGGGGCCUCCACAAACAAAGGGCAGAGAGAAACACAUACAGUAUAGCAGGCUACAGGAAGGAAGAUGAGUACGUGGUAAAACACGCACACACACAGUACUUCAACCCUUGCAUUAGAUCUGGGAUACCUACCCCUAAUCUCAUCUUGUUUUCCUAAACUUUCCUUUCACUAAUAGGCUCUUGUUUAGAUCAUGCAGUAAAAGCCAGCUGCUAUGCUCCUAAAGGUGAAACAUGGCCCAAAGAUAUGGUACAAAGACUUUUAGUAACAUUUUACUAAUGCCAACCACAGGCUGCUGAGCUGCUCACAUCCACCAGGUACACUGGCAAGCCCCCAGCCUGGCCUUCAGCCCAGCUGCUUCCCACCACAGCAAGCAAGCAGGAAAUGGUGAUGGGUGCAACAUACAUUUCUUUUCAUCCAAAAAUACAAAUGUUCCCUACCUUUUGAAGUGCCAUUCAUACAAACCUCUUCCAUGUGAGGAACUGGACUUCUUGUUGAAAGGUCUCACCUCAUUCCCAUCAACAGAAAAUCUUGGCAUUCAUUGCAUUUAAGACAAAUGUUAACAGAAGGACAUAGCAGAGUGUCUUUUACCCUUGACAAGAUGACCAGGUUCCCUCAAUAUGUAUGAAAGACAUUCUGAAACUGUUAAGUCCUUAGGAAUCUCUGUGGUGUCAUUCACAGCUUUUUUUAAGAGUUAUUUAUUAGAAUAAAGCAAGAAAUGUCAUCUGCAUUUGGUUCCAACGCACCAACUGACUGCUUUUCUGUUGCUGGGGAAAUUAAGUUACAGAUUAGUUGAAUUUUGUGCAGCUCAUUUUAGAAGAUCAGAAUUACCAGUGAAAUUCUCCAGCAUGUAAUAAUCAUCUUCUCAUCAAUGUGUAUUUUUUAACUACCCAAUUACUGCCAUAUUGAGAUUACUCCCUGGACUGGAACCUGGCAUUUAAUUACAGUGUUUCACUAUAGUGCUCGUACAUCCCUAAAUCUGCAAGGCAGGAUAUUACUAAUAAUUAACUUUGCAGUAGGUCCAGUGUUAAAAGAUUCGCCUCUCUCAUUCAGCCUUCUCAGAGUUUUACAAGUCAAAAAUUGUCUAAUCCGUGAUAAAUAAUGCAGGCACUGUUUAUUCCAUGCUGUGCGCAAUUUAAUGUUGGAAUUACAAGCUGCCCUACCAAAAACAUCCUCAAUUCUCAGGCUUCAAGAGAGUAAUUGGUACCUCAUAUUCUCCUCUUUUUUGCACCAAUUAAAACCUGCAGGUGCACUAACGUUGUCAUCUGGACUCUUGCUGGUACAUCAGAGGUUAUUUUCACCAAAUGUGUGCUAUUAGUAAAAUUGGCCCAUUAGGGGAAUUGUGAAUGCUCUGUUUGUUGUUACAGUGCUCUCAAGGCCUUCCAAAUAUUUUACUAGUGCAAGACCAGACAAUAAAUUUUUACCUCUAAAGUAAACACAGGGUGUCAUAAAAACUAGGUUCGGCUGGAAAUACCACUCUCUCACUCAAUGUAUAUUUGAAACAGGUGAAUCAUUUCUUCAGGACUGUCUCAGAUUUAGAGGCUGGGAAGGUCAUCUAGGAGCUCCUGCUGGAGCCAGACCACAAAAUCUCUCUUUAUUUCUCUUGAAAAGCACUCUGUAGCUCAAAGAGAAGAUGAGCUUAAUAAAAGAACAACAACAAAUUGAAGACUCUUAGCCAUAGCAGAAAGCAAGAGCCACUGAUGUCAGUAGUGAAAAUACCCUUUCAUCUAAAAGGGCUGAUAUGUCAUUCACAGUUCCAGUGAAAAAUACACUUCCAUUUUGGCAGUUUUUCCAGCAACAAAAGGUUUUCCUUACAUCAUGAGAAAAUGGCUUAAAAAAUACUGUAAAUGCACUGCUCAAAAGGUACCCAAACUUCUUGUUAUGAUUCUGUUUUCCAGUCUAUAAAUGAUGGGACCACAGUAGACAUCAUAGCACUAUAUGCAUGACAAUGCCUUGUAAGAUAAUUCUUACAAGGAACAAAUACCACUUGAAGUGGUGAAACUCCCAACAAUACUGGCUGAACUGGAAUUUGGAAAAUUCACGCCUGAAGGAACUCCCCUCCACAGCAUCUACGAAGAGAUGUCAAAUAUCUCCAUUUUAUCGAGCUUUAAAGUUCAGUCCUCAUUUAAGACCUAACUGCAGGCCCAUUAAAACCUUGCUAGACUUUGGGUAAUUACUUAAUAAUUAAAAGAACUAUUCUUUUUUGUAGCAUAUUUGAUAGUUUAAGAGACUGAACACUGAAACAGGAAGACAUCCAACAAUUAAGCGCAGAGAGCUUUCUGUUUGAAAGUCUAUGGCACACUGAAAACAUCUGCUUUGGUUCCAAGUCCUUCAAGUCUAGCAAAGUGUCUUCUUUGAGUCAGAGGCCUGAAGCAAUUAAGAGGUUAGCGAUAUCUUCAGGGCACAAAUUUAUUUUGCAAAAAGCAGCCAGGAGCUGUACAUUCUCAAAGGACAGGGACCCUGAGAGGGAUUCUCUUUUUCCCCAAAUAUGAUGGAAGACGAUAUUGUCAUCCAAAUUGGUUUGGGCAGAAUGGUAGUGUAAUGGGGGUGUCAGGGAACAAGGCCAUGGCAUCCUUUAACAUGGCCCAUACCUCAUACCAUCUGUGGAGGGGCAAUGUCUGCACCAGACCU